UACCAUGCCCACACAAAGCACAUUGGCAUCCAGGAUCAUUUCCUACAAGAGAAAGUUGUGAGUGGUGAUCUCAGACUGGAAUAUAUGCCUAUGGGAGACCAGGUGGCAGAUGUUUUGACAAAAGGCCUAACUAUGGAGAAGCAUGAGCUUUUCUCUAAGGGGAUGGGAUUAUGA